CUGGAGAAGGCGGGACUUCCUGUGCCGCCUCUGGCUGAAGAGUAGUGUGGUGUUGUUUCCCCUUCCCACCCUCCGACACACAAACAAAACUUCCCCAAAGGAGGCCACCCCCCGCCCCCCACACCAUUCCGUUUAUGCCUUUCGUCCUUCCAACACUUUUGACAUUUCUACUCGAUCAUUCGCUUAGUAGCGACUUCUUCACGGGUACCUGCCGUUGUUGUAUGUGCGGUAAUAACAUGUCGGCGCCUCUACCUGCCAUCGUGCCUGCUGCCCGCAAAGCCACCGCGGCGGUCAUCUUUCUGCACGGCCUCGGUGACACAGGGCACGGCUGGGCAGAAGCGUUCGGUGGGAUCAGGAUGCCUCACGUCAAGUACAUUUGUCCACAUGCCCCUACCAUGCCUGUCACCUUAAAUAUGCGAAUGUCCAUGCCUUCUUGGUUCGACAUUUACGGCUUGAGUCCGGAAGCGGAAGAAGACGCGGCCGGCAUCAAGAGAGCGUCAGACAACAUCAAAGCCAUGAUAGAGCAGGAAGUGAAGAACGGCAUUCCCUCCCAUCGAAUCAUCCUGGGUGGAUUCUCGCAGGGCGGCGCUUUGUCGCUGUACACGGCUCUGACCGCCCAGCAGAGGCUGGCCGGGGUGGUCGCCCUCAGCUGCUGGCUUCCCCUGCGCAACGCCUUCCCCCAGGCGUCGGCGGGCGGCGCCCACAAGGACGUGCCCGUGCUGCAGUGCCACGGCGACGCCGACCCGCUGGUACCCUUCUCCUUCGGCAGUCGCACGGCCGAUAAGCUGAAGAGCCUCCUGGACCCCGACAACGUCACCUUCAAGGCCUACCCGGGCCUUCCGCACAGCGCCUGUCCAGAGGAGAUGGUGGACAUCAAGCGUUUCAUCGAGAAACAGCUGCCCGCCAUCAGCGAUGAAUGAAGCCCUCGGCAACUUUGACCCUGAGGACACUUGACAAAAACAAACACGCCUCUAAAGCUGCACCCCCGCCCCCAUUGUUUUUUUUUUUUUCUUUUCUUUCUUUUUUUUUUUUUUUUUUUUUUUUUUUUUUUUAUAAAAAGAGUUUCGCGGGACUGCUGCACGUUACGCUCCUUCCGGGUGAAGCUCAUCCCGUCCUGUCCUGUGCCGUCCUGUCACGGAGCGCCGUUACGGUAGCGUGACGUUAGUCGCUUGUGAUACUAAGAAGCCAUUUCCUGUACCGGAGUAACUAGGGAUGUACUUAAAAUGCACAAUAAAUGGCCUAUUAUGUGUUUUUUCUUUUCUUUUCUUAGGAAUUCACGUAUUGCUAAAAAUGACUUUGUAGCUGAUUAUCCAUUUAUUAGACAGUGUCAUUGCGUAGCCGCUAAAUGGGUUGUUUAGUGUCAUUUCAAGAUGGCAAAUUGUCUUGUUUUGGAAUUAAAAGCCUCCUGUUAUGUUGUGGGUCAAAAUGACCCGUUUUCCGUGAAACCGCAGUUUUAACGUGCAUUUUUAUGAAAAACAGGUCUAUAAAUAUGGAUUGAAAUCAUGAGUAAAAGAGUUAAUGAAAUAGUUUAUUGAGAUUUUGUUCGUUUCUGACAGUUCUGGAUGAUCAAACACACCCUGGGUCAAAUUGACCCAUUGUACAGUUAAACACUGUUCACUUUUUAAUUGAUUUUUAAUGAACAAGUCAAUAUGGAAUAAAUAAUAACUAAGUAUUGAUUGAAAUGUGGUGUGUA